AUGACACUGACAGCGCUUGCCACGGAUCUGGAAGCAACCAGGAAAAGGGUGGAGGAAGCUGAGGGAAGGGAAGAAAGGUUUGUGGAGGAGCUGGUGGGCGUGAAGGCGGAACUGGGAAAGCACAAGGAUCGUCUGUUGGUGCUGGAGGGGACUCUUGCAGACCGUGAGCUGGAGUUGGGAACCACAAUGGGAGAGGUGGCAGCGCUGAGAAUGGAGCUCGACGCACUGAAACGUGACACUGAGAAGAUAUGGGAGGCCGUCCUCUCAGCAGCACCAGCUCGCACCUCGUUGGACGCGAAGAACAUCUCAUGCCUUUCUGAUUCAGCCCUUGCUCGCAUCUCCGAAAUGACACACCUGCAGUCCAUCGGCCUUGAUGGCUCCUCGGGUUUCAGUGCCGAGGGCAUCAAGCAGCUGUACAGGCUGCCCCACCUGCGAGGGCUGGACAUGCGCAACACGCCCAUCUCAGAUGAUGCCCUGCACGGCAUUGGGGUGCUCAGCAGCACCCUUCACAUUCUCAGCCUCGUGAACACCUGUGUGACAGAUGCUGCCCUGCAGCAUGUGGCAGCCCUCUCCUCCCUGACGCUGCUAGAUCUGGUCGGCUGCCGGCUUGUCACAUCUGCUGGCAUGGUGCACGUGGGGAAGCUGGUGCACCUGGAAGACCUGCACCUGGGCUCCACUGGGGUGAAGGACGACGGGUUGCAAUAUCUUCUCUCCCUUACCAAGCUCAAGAUCCUGGCAGUGCCACCUGGUGUGACCGAUGCUGGUAUGGAGCAGGUUGCGCAGUUUAGCGAACUGGAGCGGCUUGACCUGUGGGAUUCGACUGUGACGCAGAAAGGGGUGGGGAAGCUGAUGGGCUUGCCCCGUUUGAUGCGAAUUAGAACUAACGUCAAUGCGUUGGAUCUGCUGAUCACGAGGUAUCUGCCUCGUGUGGCAAUUGGUAGUCAGGAUAUCGUCAUUCCGUAA